AUGGAGUACAAAUACUCAGAACUUAUUGAGUACGAUACGCAAGGCCUAUGCCUGGACAUUCCUGUGCGCAAGCACUUGAAUUCUAGUCUAGAGGAUCGUGGAUCUCGCGAAGCACGCGCUGAUUGGGAGAGGUUUGUUGGUCCUCUCUCACAAAAUGCAGGCGCGUACUGCGAGGGUCACAGCUUUGUGGCCAUUUCUGUACCAGAUUGCUUGCCAGAUAGACUGGAAGUUAUUUCUUACGCAAAUGAAUUUGCGUUUCUACACGAUGAUGUAACUGAUGUUGCAGAUCAAGAUACAGAAACCCAAGAGAACGACCACAUGCUACAAGCACUGAUGGAAGGUGUUCAACAAGGGUCGAUUGAAGCCAGAGAGUCGGGUAAGCGCCAGAUCCAAGCCAAGAUUCUGAUGACUAUGAUGGCUCUGGAUCGAGAACGAGCCAAAGUAGCGACCACUGCCUGGGCCAAGUUCCUAGAGCAAGGAUCAGGAAGAGAAAACCAUAAUCAUUUCUCAACCCUCGAGGAGUACCUGCCUUACAGAUCCAAGGACUCCGGCCACAUGUUUUGGCACGCCAUCAGUAUAUUUGGGUGUGGCCUUACUAUUCCUGAUCACGAGCUGGCUCUGGUUACGGAAUAUGUCAUGCCCGCCUCUCUCGCAUGCAGUCUGCAAAAUGAUCUUCUCUCAUUCGGCAAGGAAUAUGAAGCUGCGUUAGAGGCUGGUCAGACUGAGAUCUGCAAUGCUCUAUGGGUUCUCAUGGGAGAACACAAUUGCACGUUGAAGGAGGCAAAGGCCCUCUGCAUCCAACGUAUCCAUGAGGAGGUUAGAAAGUACCUGCAAUACGCCGAGCGUGCCCAAGAGAUGCAUGAUUUGAGUGCAGAUGGCAAGAAGUACGUGGAUAUGAUGCGAUUUACGAUCAGUGGAAACGCCGCAUGGAGUCUCCGUUGUCCACGUUACAACCGCCAGCUUCAAAUCACGAUCAAUGAAGAUGAGCGCCUAACUCUGGACGGAAUUCCAAAGAAACUCAAAAGUAGCUCCGCGUUGGUUGAAAAGUCGACAUCACCUGAAUCGAUUGCUUCCGAUUUGUCUGAUGCGGGCUAUGUCACUGCGAACACAGACAGUGAAUCAGAUCAUUCAGACGCCAUGUCUCGUGCCACCAUUGAUGGUGUUGACAGACCAGAGACACCCGCACAAGGAUCAAAGCUUAAUGGGGUGAAGGCAAGUGGUAUUGAAUCCGCCCGAGAGCCGUUGAUCCUGGAAUUGGACUCGGAAACGAACAACUGGUCUUCCUUGGGCCCGGAAGAAGCAGCGUUAGCCAUUUAUCCUCAGAUGAAGUCUGAUGUCGUUACUGAGCCAUAUCGCUACCUAAGCUCUCUCCCAUCCAAGGGAGUUCGUGAUAUGACUAUCAAUGCACUCAACUUCUGGCUCAAGGUGCCCAACCAUUCUAUGGAUUUGAUCAAGUCCGCCGUCAGAAUGUUGCACGGCUCAUCCCUCAUGUCAGUUCCGUCACCUCCACCCAUGUGCAAUCAAUCCUUACUCAUACGGUCAUUUAGGCUUGACGAUAUUGAAGACGGCUCUCGCCUCCGUCGCGGCAAGCCCUCAACGCACGAAAUCUUUGGCCAUGCACAAACCAUCAAUUCCGCAACCUACCAAUACAUCCAUGCAACUCAAGAGAUUAGGAAAUUGAGAAACCCACAUUCUAUUGAUAUUUUUAUUGACGAGGUCCAGCAACUCUUCAUUGGCCAGAGUUACGACCUUCUUUGGACAUCUGAAUUGUCUUGCCCGACAGUCCCAGAGUAUUUGCAGAUGAUUGACGGCAAAACUGGAGGCUUAUUCCGACUUCUCACCAGACUUAUGGUAGCUGAGUCCAAGUACUCAGGUGAAGUAGAUUUCGCACGAAUGUGCUCACUUUUCGGGCGAUACUUCCAGAUUCGAGAUGACUACCAAAACCUUACCAGUGAUGAUUACACCAACCAAAAAGGAUUCUGUGAGGAUCUUGACGAGGGGAAAUAUUCUCUUCCUUUGAUCCUAGCCCUCACCAACUCACCUCGCAAAGGACAAAUCAACUCUCUCCUAGUACAGCGGCGCGUAACAGGCUCCUUGGCAUAUGAGCAAAAAUGUUUGAUUCUUGAACACAUUCGAGGGUCUAACGCUCUCCAAGCAACCAAGACCAUCAUGGACUCGUUAGCCAAAGAGCUCGAGGGAGAAGUGGACAGGCUCGGGAAGAUUUUUGGGGAAGAGAAUCUAGAGCUUAAGUUGAUUCAGGAGAUGCUCAAGGUUUAG